GAGUAGAAAAGCAAAGCGGUGAUCAGUCGUUGGCUCGCCAACGAGGUCUUUGUUUCCUGUGUUCCUUUCUUCGUCUGAUCAUCGAUCAAUUUGUAUAGUCAGUCAGCCACUGGUACGUAAAUUCGAUCGUAAAACUGUAUCUGCGAGUUGGUAACAUAGAUCGAAGAAACCUCAACACUUGAUCUGCUAAGAGCUAGCUAGAAAGGGUACGCAGCUGUAGGGGCGAAGGGAGGAUAGCUGCACACCCUGAAGUACCGGAGAGGAAACAACAAAUUCAUCAUACAUAGUUACAUACUGCAUGUAUAACUAGUUAACUUUCAACAUAUUUUCAUUCAGAUCAGACUUACCAGAUCUAUUGCUCUUCUUGCAACCUCCCAACUAUGAUGAGGUUUUGACUUCACGUUAUGACUCCAUUAUUUUUCCUUCUUAAAGUGUAGCCAAGUUUCGUCCUGAUGGGGUCAUCUAAUUCUAAACCACAUCCUGCCUCCGCAGAAUCCCCACCAUAUUAUUCUAAACCAUCUCCAUCUUCCCCGAAACCCCCACCAUAUUCUUCUAAACCACCUUCAUCUCCAGCUUGCCCACAACCCCCACCAUAUUCUUCUAAACCACCUUCAUCCCCAGCUUCUUCUAAACCACCUUCAUCUCCAGUUUCCCCACAACCCCCACCAUAUUCUUCUAAGCCACCUUCAUCCCCAGCAUAUUCUUCUAAACCACCUUCAUCUCCAGUUUCCCCACAACCCCCAGCAUAUUCUUCUAAACCAUCUUCAUCUCCAUUUUCCCCAAAGUGCCCUCCUGUCUUUAAGUCAGUUCUACGCCCAGCCUCCUCCUCCUCAAAUAAUGAUGAUAUAAGUCAACACCAACAAUAUGAGAAGAGAACAGCUUUUGUGUGUCUUGAAAAGGAUCCAUUACCUGUAUUCAUGAUUCCUGAGGAUAUCGAAGCCUUGAUCAAGAAAGAAAUUGCGCCCAAAGUUCUGAAUCGCCCAUUAUCUCCCACAACAUACAAGGACUACUUUGCCGCUCUCUUAUAUUCUGAAGAUUUCUACUUGGAGAAAUGGAGUGAUUUCCUUUUGAAGGGUGUGACAUUAGCGUUGGAUGAAAGUUCAAUUUAUAAAAACCGGAAAAAGGAAGCACUUUAUAAAAAUCGGAAAAAGGAAGAUAAGGAAGACAAAACCUUUGUAGCAUUUGAGCUUGAUCGUGUUCCUGAGAAACGGCCAUUCCUCUUAUCAAGGGACUUGGUCCUUGCACGACCAGUGAGUAAUAGUACUACUGAGCCCUUUAAGGGCCUCAUCUAUAAAGUUGUUGGGAGCAAUCGCGUUUUGGUUGAAUUUGAGGAUGACUUUUAUUCUUAUCAUCAUUCCAACAAAAAAUAUGAUAUCAGCUUCUCAUUCAAUAGAGUUUGUUUGAAAAGAGCCCACCAUGCCGUAAAAGCUGCAUCAGAUGCCUUGUUUCAGAACUUCCUCUUCCCUGACUGUGACUCACGAGCAAGCAUUCCUACUGCACCAGCUCUGCUUUCUACUACCGGUCAUAAGCUUGAUCAAGAUCAACGUUCGGCAGUCGGACAUAUCUUAAGGAUUCAGGGCUCACCACCUUAUGUAGUAACUGGUCCGGACUGUGAAGCCAAAUCUUUUGCAUAUGUAAGAGAACCUUCAAGAACUGGAGUGGUUGUUAGUGAAGCCGUAUACCAAUUAUGUCGGAAGUCACCAGAGUAUCGCAUUCUUAUCUGUGCACCUACUAACAGCUGCUGCGAUAUGCUGAUGAGAAGCUUGGUGAAGGUGAUUCCAGAGUCGACUAUGUUUCGUGCCAAUGCUGCAUUCCGAGAGAGAGAUGAGGUACCUGAGGACAUCCUCCGCUCAUCCCUUUACAAAGAGUCUUGUUUUUCUUGUCCUGCAAUAGAGAAACUCCGGGAAUACAAAGUGAUUUUCUCAACUUUCGUGAGUAGCUUCCGACUACAUGAUAAAGGCAUAGCUGCUGGACAUUUUAGCCAUAUUUUUCUGGUGGAUGCUUCAUCUGCUAUUGAGCCGGAAACAUUGGUCGCCCUGACUAACUUUGCUGUCAAGGCCACUAGUGUUAUAGUUACUGGUAAUCAUGGAAAUAGUCCGCUCUGGGUUCGCGCUGACAUUGCAAGGAAAAAGGGACUCAAGAUUUCAUACUUUGAACGACUCUGCAAGCUCAGGCCAUAUAGAAGCCCCAGUCCAAUGUUCAUCACACAACUAGACCUGAACCAAAAGUCAGAGUACCAAACAAGACCUUUCUGAGUUCUUUUUUGGUUGCUUGAGUAUUUCAGGUCUCAAGUGCUGCAGAUAGUUUUUAUGUAUCGAACUUUAAAACAGUUUCUGUAGAUAUCAUGUAUGAAACUCGUUUUUCAAAUACACAAGGCAUUCAGCUAUUUGCUUUUUA